UCGCCAUGGGGGGGAGGAAGCAAGUUGAGUCGCCAGCAACAGCAGCAGCGGCGGCGGCAGCGGCAAGUCGUCCCCGACAGUCGCAAGCAACAACUUGAAGUCAACAGCAGUCGACCAAAGCCCUUCAUCAAGCCACAGCCGACACUGAAGCGUCUCGUCGCGUGUGUCUCCCGUCUGCGUGGGCCGUCGGGGAUGGUUUGGCCAUACUUCCCUGCGCUGGUCAUUGCAGGGUUGGCUUAAAGAGGGGGGUGGGAAGCAGACCCCAGAAAACCGGUUCGGAUAUCGCUCUCUCGCUCGCUCUCUCUCUCUCCGUGUUGUCAUCCGGGACGCACGUGGUCCGCAGGAAUGGCCGAGCGGCUCUUCCCGGAGCUGCAGGGCUGGGUGCUCACGCUCACCCUGUGUCUGGCCUCUGUGGUUGUGGGGGGCACGUCCUCUGUGGUUGUGGGGGGCACGCCCCCCUACAGCCCGGACUGGGAGUCUCUGGACGCCAGGCCGCUGCCGGCGUGGUUCGACGAGGCCAAGGUGGGGGUCUUCCUCCACUGGGGGAUCUUCUCCGUACCCAGCUUCGGCAGCGAAUGGUUCUGGUGGCACUGGCAGGGGGAUCGAACUCCCGAAUACGUGGACUUCAUGAAGAGGAACUACCCCCCCGACUUCCAGUACGCAGACUUCGCCCCGCAGUUCCGCGCCGAGUUCUUUGACGCUGGCGAGUGGGCUGACCUCUUCCUGGCCGCCGGGGUCAAGUACGUGGUGCUCACGGCCAAACACCACGAGGGAUUCACCAACUGGCCGUCCAACUUCUCGUGGAACUGGAACUCGAUGGACGUGGGGCCUCGCCGUGACCUGGUCGGAGAGCUGGCCGCCGCCGUGCGGAAACGAGGCAUCCACUUUGGGCUGUACCACUCGCUCUACGAGUGGUUCCACCCGCUCUAUCUCAAGGACAAGGAGAGCGGCUUCAAGACGCAGUCCUUCGUGAUGCAGAAGACGAUGCCGGAGCUGUACGAGAUCGUGAACAAGUACGAGCCGGAGGUGAUCUGGUCGGACGGGGACUGGGAGGCCCCCGACACGUACUGGAACUCAACCGGGUUCCUCGCGUGGCUCUACAAUGACAGCCCCGUCAAGGACACAGUGGUGGUGAACGACCGCUGGGGUGCCGGCACGUCGUGCCACCACGGCGGCUUCUACAACUGCGCCGACAAGUUUGCGCCGGGCACGCUGCAGCGGCACAAGUGGGAGAUGUGCACCUCGGUGGACACGCGCUCCUGGGGCUACCGCCGGAACAUGCGCGCCGCCGAUCUCCUCUCUGGCCGCGACAUCGUCGCGGGCCUGCUGGAGACUGUGAGCUGCGGCGGCAACUACCUGCUGAACGUGGGCCCGUCGCGCGAGGGCUGGGUGGCGCCCGUGUUCCAGCGCUCGCUGCUGGCGCUGGGCGAGUGGCUGCGCGUCAACGGGGAAGCCGUCUAUGGCUCGCGGCCCUGGCGAGCGCAGAACGACAGCUCCACGCCGGGGGUUUGGUACAUGCAGAAGGGCGGCGCCGUGUACGCCGGCGUGCUCACCUGGCCCAAGGACAACGUGCUGGUCCUCGCGUCCGUGAAGGCCACGCCCGACACACAGGUGUCGCUGCUGGGGUACUCGGAUGACCUGAAGUGGAGCUCAAAGGGCGCCCUCGAGGUUUGGCUGCCCCCCGUCGCUCCGUCCGCGGGGCCCUCGGCCCUCGCCUGGGUGCUGCGCCUGCUCAACGUCGAAUAGAUCUUCACACCGGCGGAAUCGGCGAGAUUCUGCGCGAGAAUUAAUUCAACGCACACCUGAUUUGUGACACUUGACGGGUGGGGGGGGAGGGGUGGGGGGCGCGUCUGUCAACAUCUGUGGCCGCCGUCGUCGUCGUCACAGUCGUCUCUGCUCCCCCAUGUUCCUCCCAAUCGGCUGCUGCCCUUGGGCGGUGCCGAUGCCAGAGCCGGAUUAUCACAGUAGCCACACGUGUAGCCACACGUGUAGCCACACGUGUAGCCACACGUGUAGCCACACGUGUGGCCACACCUGUGGCUACAUGUGUAGCUACAUGUGGGACCCGCACUUUCAAGGGCCCCGUGCUAAAUGCUUUCAAGCUAUAAAUUCCGGUUCAGUGAUUUUGCACUUGCUCUAUUACUAUAGUACUAUACCGUCUUCAACUUUUGUGAACAACUCGCUGUUUAAGGUUAGGUAUUUGUCGUAUUAUCUGGCUGUACAGCAAAUUAAAAAAUACAAUUACUUUACUAUGCAAGUUCAACAUUUAUGUUUCAAUAUUUUUUUAUUUAGGGCCCCGUUAUAACAUCUGCUACGGGCCCCGCACUAGCCGAUGCCCGGUUAGAAUCUUGGGAGAAGUCUGUCGGGUUCGUGAUGAUUUUCGAGCGUUCCGCAUGAAGACGGAAGCACGUGCGAUUCUGGAGCCAAUAAAUAAUUUACACUUUU